AUGAACAAGAAAAACACAUUAACCAAGAGUUAUACCAACAGCAUCGUUGAUGAUAAUUCUUCUUCAAUUCGUUCUUAUCCCAUUUCUAUAGAAAAUGAAUCCUAUAUUCCUGGAUCAAGAACGAAAAGUUAUCAAUCACUUUACUAUGAUUCAUUGGAAGAAGUGCCAGAGCCACCCAAGAUAACACCUUUACCUAAACUUCAGUUAUUCAUCAUCAGCAUCAUCUUAUUUAGUGAACCCUUAACAUCAACCAUUCUAUUUCCUUUUAUAUAUUUUAUGCUCAAGGAUUUUCACCUAUCAGAUGACGAAAAAGAAAUUGGAGCAUACGCAGGAUGGAUCACCUCCAUUUUCUUUGUUGCGCAGUUCUGCACGGCUAUAUCGUGGGGAAAGGUCUCUGAUCGGUACGGACGCAGACCUGUCUUGCUUAUAGGAAUGCUGGGCAAUGCUAUAUCGGUAUGUAUGUUUGGUUUAAGCAAGAAUAUCUGGUGGGCAAUUGGUUCUCGAGCCUUUUGCGGUGCCAUGAAUGGAAACUCAGGUGUUGCACGGAGCAUGGUCAGUGAAAUCACUGAUCAUACGAAUAGAGCAGCCGCAUUUUCUUUAUUUGGUCUGUGCUGGGGAAUUGGCAUGAUUGGUCCUGCAUUAGGCGGCUUUUUGAAUCAUCCUGUGGAUCACUUUCCUUCCUUAUUUGGAUCCAACGCAUUUCUAAAAGAAUACCCUUAUUCUUUACCAUGUUUUGUGUCAGCUACAGGUUCACUCAUCGGAUUCAUGAUUACAUAUAUGUGUUUAAAAGAGUCAAACCCGAUGGUUCUCAAAAAGCAGCAAGACGGCGAACAAGUAUCUCUCUUGAACAGUAAUGACACGUUGGCAGCAGAAGCAAGCCCCAAACCUGGGAUUGGCCAAAUCAGUAAAGCAUCACUUCAUGUCAUAUUUGCUUAUGCAUUAUUUGCAUUUUAUUCGCUCAUGUUUGAUGAGGUGCUUCCACUUUAUUUCACUGCCCCCAGCUCUGCUGAAGGCCUUGGUCUAUCAUCUGCUGAAUUUGCCAAAAUGCUUACCACCAUGGGCAUCCUUCAGCUCGUUGUUCAAUUCAAGAUUUAUCCAGGCUUAACACGGCGCUUCGAUGUACUUAAACUUUGUAGAUUUUUCUUUUCCAUAUGUGUGGCCGUUUUCUUCGUCUUUCCUGAACUGACUGUGUGCAAGCGUUGGUGGAUGCAACAUAUGAGCGAUCCGUGGGCUAGUAGUACAGCCUUUGAAGUAACAUACAACUUCAUUCUUGCUUGGCGAUUUUUUGCAAACUGUCUUGCUUUCACUAGUUUGGGUAUCAUGGUGAGUACCUCGGCUGCACCUGAAAUAAUAGGCACAGUCAAUGGCUUUUGUCAAUCGUGUGUUGCUCUCACAAGAGCUAUAGCACCAACAUUUGGAGGAACAAUAUGGUCUUAUUCACUAAAAGACGGACACAUAUAUCCAUUCGACUAUCACUUUAUAUAUUAUAUUAUGACCAUCAUGGCUCUCAUCAACUUAUUCCACAGUUAUUUGAUUCCAGACAGCGUAUCUUUAGGUGGAAGAAAAUAA